AAAGAAGAAGCGGUCCGUUUCUAAACUCCAUAUCCCCUCCCCUCUCUCUCUAAAACUUGAGUCGCAGUUGCAGUUUAUUAUUAGGGCUUUUGGUUCCAGUCUUUCUUUUCCUCUGUUCUGCGACCGAACUUCUUGUUUAAUUCUUUUGAUCCAUUUUUUUUUUCUCGGAAAUUCGUAUUGGCUUCGUCAAUCGUCACCCCUCAUGAAAUCUUUGAGUUCGCUGCUCGCCCAUGGCUGAGGUUAAUCGAUUCCUUUCCAAUCAGCAAUUCGAUCUUGUCCAGAUACUGCAAGAAGCUCAAAAUCGUUGGCUCCGACCAACUGAAAUAUGCGAAAUACUUCGCAACUAUCAGAAGUUUCAACUAACACCUGAUCCGCCCGUUACGCCUCCAGCUGGCUCUCUCUUCCUGUUUGACCGAAAAGCACUCAGGUAUUUUCGUAAAGAUGGUCAUCGAUGGAGGAAAAAGAAAGAUGGAAAAACUGUGAAAGAAGCUCAUGAAAAGUUGAAGGCUGGUAGUGUAGAUGUUCUUCACUGUUACUAUGCCCAUGGAGAGGAGAAUGAGAACUUCCAGCGGCGGAGUUAUUGGAUGCUUGACGGGCAGCUGGAGCACAUUGUUCUUGUGCAUUACAGAGAAGUAAAAGAGGGGUUGAAGUCCGGUAUCUCUCGUUUGCUGGCAAGUCCUAGAUUACAGGUUGAAAGCCCUCAAAGUAGUUCCGCACCUUGCUCUGCACAAGCGAACUUGCAUGUCCAUACACUUCAAACAUCUUUCACAACAAAUCCAAACAGAGUUGACUGGCAAGUGCAAACAUUGUCACCAGAGUUUGAGGAUGUGGAUUCGAAUAAUAAUCCCGGACCUUCUUCUUUCAUUCACCCUGCAUUUGGUUCCACAUCACAUGAUGCUUCUCUGCUUUCACACGGAGUUGCAGGGUUUGCUGAGUUGUCCAGGAACCCCCCUGGCAUUUGGGAUCCUGAACCUAAAUCUUAUCAGGCUGCUGGAUCAUCUGUCUGGGCUGGAAAUCUCAGCUCAACCAGAAGUGAUGACAGCACACAUGACCAGAAAUGUUAUAUUGAACAACCUAGUACUGCGGACGUUAUAACUCAUAAGCUAAGUGAUGCUAAGUUGGAUGCUGAUGUUAGAGUGCAUGAUAUUGUCACCUGUGCUGAUAGAUUGAUAAGUGAAAUAGACGUUCAAGUGGCAACAAUAGCUUCAAAGAGAAAUAUCCAGCAGUAUUGUGAUCCUCAGAUGGUAGAGAAUUUAACCGACCAAGUUGGGAAGAAAUCUGAAGAUGAAGAUAUUUCCUUACCUAAUGAUGGAUCAGCAGAGCUGAAAAAACUAGACAGUUUCGGAAGAUGGAUGGAUAAAGAAAUUGGUGUGGAUUGUGAUGACUCCUUGAUGGCUUCUGACUCUGGAAAUUAUUGGAAUGCACUUGAUGCUGAGAAUGACGAUAAAGAAGUAUCAAGUUUGUCAUGUCGUAUUCAGUUGGAUAUUGAUUCACUUGGCCCAUCUCUUUCACAGGAACAACUAUUUAGUAUCUGCGACUUCUCGCCAGAUUGGGCUUAUUCAGGUGUUGAAACAAAGGUUUUAAUAGCAGGUAGAUUUUUGGAUAGCAAGAAGCAUUCUGCUGAGACAAAGUGGGGAUGCAUGUUUGGUGAAAUUGAGGUUCCCGCUGAAGUUGUGACUGAUAGUGUCAUUCGAUGUCAAGCUCCUUUGCAUGCUCCUGGACGUGUUCCAUUCUAUGUGACCUGCAGAAAUAGGUUAGCCUGCAGUGAGGUAAGAGAAUUUGAGUAUCAAGAGAAACCUCUGAGGAUUGCUAUUAACAGCACACCAGAAGAUGAAUUGCACUUACAGAUACGACUAGGAAAAUUGUUAAAUUCAGGAUCAGAAAGCAAAUCAUUAAAUUGCUCAAUCGUUGAAUGUGAUAAAUGUAAGCUUGAAGGUACUAUAUGUUCAAUGAGAAUCAACACCAGUCACUUGACACCUGGCGAUGCCUUGAUUCAAACUUUGCUAAAGGAUAGACUUUGUCAGUGGCUUAUUUGCAAAAUUCACGAAGAAGGUAAAGGACCGCUUGCCUUGGAUGAUGAAGGCCAAGGAGUUAUCCAUUUGGCAGCUGCUCUUGGUUAUCAAUGGUCUAUGGGCCCCAUAGUUGCUGCUGGCAUAAGUCCCAAUUUCAGAGAUGUACGUGGAAGAACAGGGCUUCAUUGGGCUUCCUGUUUUGGGAGAGAGGAAACCGUCACAGCGCUAGUCAGAUUGGGUGCUGCUCCAGGCGCUGUUGAUGACCCGACUCCAGCAUUUCCAGGAGGGCAAACAGCUGCUGAUCUAGCUUCAAAUAGAGGGCACAAGGGAAUUGCUGGAUAUUUGGCAGAAGCAUAUCUGACAAGUCAGCUUUCUUCGUUAAACAUUAAUGAAAAUGAAAUAACUGCAAUAAUUGACGCUAAAAUUUCCAAAGAGAUUGAUGCAAAAGUUGUCACAUCAGACUUGGGUUUUGAUGACAAUUCCCUGAAAGGGUCCCUAGCUGCUGUCAGGAAAUCAUCGCUUGCAGCUGCACUAAUUCAAGAUGCCUUCAGGAAUCUUUCAUUCCGUCAUAGACAAUUAACCAAGAGCCAUAACGAUAGUCCUGAUAAUUCACUUGACCUAGUUGCUUUGGGUUCUUUGAACAGAGGGCAAAAGUUUAGUCACUUUGAGGAUUAUCUGCAUUCUGCUGCUAAAAGGAUUCAAAAAAAGUAUCGUGGCUGGAAAGGAAGGAAGGAGUUCUUGGAUAUUCGCAGUCGUAUUGUUAAAAUUCAGGCUCAUGUUAGAGGACAUCAAGUUCGAAAGCAGUAUAAAAAGCUUGUUUGGUCUGUCAGUAUUUUGGAAAAGGUAAUACUUCGUUGGAGAAGAAAAGGAGCUGGUUUGCGGGGAUUUCGGGUGGAGAAAGUGAUUGAAGAUGCAUCAAAAGAUACAAAACGAAGUGAUGAAUAUGAAUUUUUGCGUAUUGGGAGGAAGCAGAAACGUGCUGCAGUUGAUAAAGCUCUUGCACGAGUCAAGUCAAUGAUUCAUCAUCCUGAAGCAUGCGAACAGUAUAUGAGACUAGUUUCUAAAUUUGAUAAGUCAGAUGAGUGACAAGGCGAAUGAAGCGUCACAGGGUGUGGAUAGUACAAAAGUUGUAAGUUAUAUGUGAAAAGAGUUGAGGACUCUUUCAAAUGAUAAGGCCUGGUAAUAUUCUUACCUUCUGACUGAUGGUUUGACAUAUUUUCCUUUGGAGGAUUUUUCAAUUGCAGAAAUUAGAUAGGGGAAGGGGAAAAUUUGUAAAUGUUUCUUUCUUUGUAUUUUUCAUAUUUCUUGAUCUCAAAACUGUAAUCAAAUUUUUUCUGGUAUGGGAUUACAAGAGUAGAACAGUUCUUAUA